CCCUGAGCCAGGAGUCAUGACAACCAAGCCCAAGCUCUGCUACUUUCGUGGCAGGGGCAGGAUGGAGUCGAUCCGCUGGCUGCUGGCUGCAGCUGGAGUGGAGUUUGAAGAAGAAUUUAUUGAAACAACAGAACAAUAUGAGAAGUUGCAGAAGGACGGAUGCCUGCUAUUUGGCCAAGUGCCUAUGGUUGAAAUUGAUGGAAUGGUGCUGACACAGACUAGAGCCAUCCUCAGCUACCUUGCUGCCAAGUACGACUUGUAUGGGAAGGACCUGAAGGAGACAGUCAGGAUCAACAUGUACGCUGACGGCACCCUGGACCUCAUGAUGAUGACCGCGCAGGCUGCGUUCAAACCCCCUGAGGAAAAAGAGGAGAAUCUUACUUUAAUCGUGAAGAAAGCUAAAACCCGUUACUUCCCCGCCUUUGAAAAGAUUUUGAAUGACCAUGGAGAAGAUUUUCUCGUUGGCAACAAAUUCAGUUGGGCAGACAUACAACUGUUGGAAGCUAUUUUAAUGGUGGAAGAACUCGAUGCUUCUGUUCUUUCUGACUUCCCUCUACUGAAGUCCGAAGAGAAAUUUAUAGAAACUCCAAGAAGACUUGGGGAACUUAAAGAAUGAUGGAAGUCUGUAAGUUCCAGUAAGUGCCAAUGGUCGAAAUCAAUGGAAUGAAGAUGGUACAGACCAGAGCUAUUCUCAACGACAUUGCCACCAAAUAUGACCUCUGAGGGAAAGACAUAAAGGAGAGAGCCCUGUUUGGGGAUAUUUUAGGUGAAUACUUGAGAAAUGCAAACAAGGCCAGAGUUGGGCAACUGCAUAUGGACGGAGUGUGGAACUUGUGCUGUGGAAAAUAAUUGGAAAACCUGCUGACGUUGGGCACAUAAACAGG